AUGGCGACCGAGUACACCCCGAACCCAGACUUUCCGAAACAGCUCAUUGGCAAGAAGGUCUUGCUUGCCACUGAAUCGCUAGGACCCGUCAAUGGUGUGAGCAGAACGACGGGCAUGCUGGUGGACUAUCUGCGCAGCAAUGGAGUCAACGUCGCCACCUGCGCGCCUUUCUAUAAGGGCCAACCCAUCAAUGCAAACGAGUCAAAACCGCAACGACAGCCCAUAAACCCAGAAUACCGAUUGCAAGGCUACCCUCUCCCGUACAACCCAGACUUGACCGUGGCGUACCCUUUCCGGCUCGGCGUUGUUUAUCAGAAGACGUUCAAUCCAGACAUCAUCUACCUUGCGAGCCCGGCUUCUGUUGGCUUCCAAUUCCUCAUUCAGCUACGACAGAUCGACAAUCCGCCACCGACAUUCCUCAAUUUCCAAACAGACCUUUCCGCGUACGCCGAGAUACUCUUUCCCAAGCCAUUGGAUGACUAUGGCGUAUACCUACUCUCGAUCGUGCAGGGUUACCUCUUUCGUGCACCGUGCGUACGCACAAUAUUCUACCCAUCCGCCUAUGUCCGCAAGUACAUGGAGCGGACCGGCGCGCCGUCUCAUAAGAUGAGACAGCUCGGCCGUGGAGUCGAUACUGAGUUGUUCAAUCCCGGUCGGCGCGACGAGGCUUACCGAAAAGAGAUCGCUCCCAAUGGUGAGAUCAUCUUCGCGUGCAUCUGCCGCAUUGCGCCGGAGAAGGGUUUCGAAUUCCUGGCAAACGCGGCGCGGAAGCUCAAGGAGAGCGGUCUGGCGUUCAAGCUGCUGAUCGUGGGUGGUAACAAGAACCCAGCGGUUAUGCAAGAGGUGAAAAAUUACUUCAAAGGCCUCGAGGAGCAGGUCAUCUUCACCGGCAUGCUCCGCGGCGAAGCGCUGGCGCACCAGUACGCCGCGGCCGAUGUGUUCCUGCAUUGCUCCAUCACGGAGACAUUCGGCCUCGUGGUGCUGGAAUCGAUGGCCUCGGGUGUACCGGUCAUAGCCCGUGAUGAAGGCGGGCCCUCGGAGACAGUCAAGCACGGGCAGUCUGGCUUCCUAACACCACCACACGACCUCGACGCCUUCGUCUCGCACGCGCGCCGACUCGCCACUGGCUCCGCUCUCCGCAGCGAGAUGGCGGAGAACGCGCGCGUGCAGGCGCUCAACACGACGUGGGAUAAGAUCAACAACCAAGUCGCGCUUGAGCUGGCGGCCGUCUUCGACGAGCAGCCUGCCAAGACGGCGCAGGAGAAGAAGGUCGCUGGUUUUUACGGCACGUGGGCGAAUAUGGCGGGCGUGUAUUUUGCGGUGGGCAUUGUUUGGGUGUUUUGGUUCAUUGCGGUGAUACCCAUGCUUGCUUGCGGUCUCGUGCAUGGGUUUUUAACGAAGACGAAGGUGGUCAAGAAAUAA